AAAGUACGAUAAUAAUUUCUAAUCUCAUUUUUCGUAUGAUAACUAAUGAUUUCAAUAUAUCUCAUCUCAUUAUUGCGAUUAAUUACUCGUUAUCUUACUACUUGUUACCGAUUACUUAUUCCUAUUACUCGCUACCGAUUAAUCACUCAUUACUCAUUGCUCAUUGCUCAUUACCCGCUACUUAUUCCAUCUUAUUAUUCGUUACCCCAUUUCCUCGCGUCUUUCGCACGCAUACAGCAUAUCUUAUUCACAUGAGCGUUUAUCUGUUAUUUAAUAAUCAAUACAUUAUUUUCAUGCACAAGCACCAAUCGAUAAUAAUAAUAAUAUUCAAUAUUGUCAAUUGUCAAAUGACAACAAACAUUCUAACGAACUAAAUAAAUGAUUGGAUUCCACAUUUAAGAGUUGAAGUUUUUUAUUGGUAAAAUAAUUUAUAAUUAAUUGUUU